AACAGGAAGUACAUCUCAGCCAAUCAGCUUCUGCAAAGCGUCCUAAGCUGACGUCAGCCCGGUACCCAUGAACAACCGGUAGCGUUGAAGAUAGUAUGGUCUCCUGUUGUUUGUAGUUUUCUUCUUUUUAACGCCCCUGUCCAACGUGCAAACACCAUGACUUUCGAUGUUAGGAGAUUUGAUAUCUACAGGAAAGUGCCAAAAGAUCUCACCCAGCCAACAUACACAGGAGCUUUCAUUUCCAUCCUGUGCUGUGUCUUCAUACUCUUCCUCUUCCUGUCUGAGCUGACGGGAUUCAUAGCCACUGAAAUUGUAAAUGAACUGUAUGUGGAUGAUCCCGAUAAAGACAGUGGUGGGAAGAUAGAAGUGAGUUUAAACAUCAGUUUGCCAAACUUACACUGUGAUUUGGUGGGUUUGGACAUCCAAGAUGAGAUGGGACGCCAUGAGGUCGGUCACAUAGAGAACUCCAUGAAGAUUCCCCUCAACCAGGGUGAUGGUUGUCGCUUUGAGGGAGAGUUCACCAUCAACAAAGUACCGGGAAACUUCCACGUGUCGACACAUAGUGCCACAGCACAGCCUCAAAACCCUGACAUGACCCACACCAUCCACAAGCUUGCCUUUGGAGAAAAGCUCCAGGUACAGAAAGUCCAAGGAGCCUUUAAUGCUUUAGGAGGGGCAGACAAGAUGUCAUCUAACCCUCUUGCUUCACAUGACUACAUAUUGAAGAUUGUACCAACAGUGUAUGAAGACCUCUCAGGCAGACAGAGGUUCUCCUAUCAGUACACAGUAGCCAAUAAGGAAUAUGUUGCUUACAGCCACACGGGAAGAAUUAUCCCAGCGAUCUGGUUCAGGUACGAUCUCAGUCCGAUCACAGUGAAGUACACGGAGAGGAGACAGCCCCUCUACCGCUUCAUCACAACAAUUUGUGCCAUCAUCGGAGGGGCGUUCACAGUCGCGGGGAUCAUCGACUCCUGUAUUUUCACUGCUUCUGAGGCCUGGAAGAAGAUACAGAUUGGCAAAAUGUCAUGAUGACCGCUCCCCACCCCUCCUCACAUCUUAUUUAUAAGUGCAAAGUUGCUAGCCUGUUAGCUAAAUCCAGCCCGAAACGACCUCCUUCAGGAGAUUGUAUCACCUUGUCCAUAUAAGAGUCUCGGGCACUUGAUUUAACUACCAGGCUGCAGGGAUGCGUCUGUUUUAUUAAAGAUCCUCCUGGGCUCCUUCUGCUCCAGUGACGUGAGAAUGCUGACUAUCGCAUGUCGGCUUCCUCCGUCUUCAGUGUCAGGAGGGGAAAGGAGAGGAGACGAUAUCUUUUGUUACUGAGUCUGCCAGGGAUUCAUCCUGUAUCUUUUUUUUUUUUUUUUUUUUUUUUUUUUUUUUUGUUAAGGUUGCAGCUGGUAUUUUUAGAAUGACACGAAAGAAUAAUAAUAGAUAUCCACAUAUAUUCAAUCAAAGGAACAUUUUUAAAUCAUGGGUAUAGGAAAUGAUAUAAUUCAGGGAGUAAAUGGGAUCAAAACAGGAUCAUCUCAGCCGGAUGUGUUGUUAAAUUAGGAGACCAAUUUAGAUUUUUGGUCCUCGUUUGAAGGAAGUAUUGUCAGGGUUCAUAAAACGUGCAUAGGACGGGCCAAAAUCUAAAGCGUAGUGUGUACAAAUAGCAUUUUGUGUCAUGCAGCGUGGUCUGUCGUUUUUAUCUCCAGUAUUCCACCUGUGUGCCUUUUUGGCUUACUGUUAAACCGUACAGGAUCAUCACCAGCUCUCGUGUGUUUGUCAGCCUCUUUGUGCCACUGAAAGCUUUUCAGUUUCUCCUGCUUGUUUCAGUAUCGGUGCAGCAUUUAUCAUUGUUUACACUACAGUCUCUAUUUUCCACUUUAUUUCUACUCAGUCUCAGUGAUGGCAAAAAUAUAGUGAAUGUCUGUGGGUUGUUUUUUUUUUCUAUUCUAUUUUUGUUUAUUUACAUGGUAUAUGAUUUUUUUUUUAAAUGAAUUUUAGUGUGGUUUUAAUAAAGGUUUUUUUUUUCAAAGGGAUAAACC